UUAGGGUUUCUUCUUCGUUCUCCCCUUGAAUUAGCUAGCAGCAGACUUUGUGUUAUUCGGCGGAAUCGAAAAUGGUGAAGGGACGCCAAGGAGAACGUAUCAGACUCUACGUCAGAGGAACCAUCCUCGGAUACAAAAGGUCCAAGUCCAACCAAUAUCCAAACACAUCGCUUGUUCAGAUCGAAGGUGUCAACACUCAAGAGGAGGUGAACUGGUACAAGGGAAAGAAGAUGGCUUACAUCUACAAGGCUAAGACAAAGAAAAAUGGUAGCCACUACCGUUGCAUCUGGGGAAAAGUUGCCAGGCCUCACGGUAACAGCGGUGUUGUCCGUGCCAAAUUCACAUCGAACUUGCCUCCUAAGUCCAUGGGAAGCAGAGUGAGAGUCUUCAUGUACCCGAGUAACAUAUGAAGCAAUGCAAAAUGGCUUAAACUUAUAAUUUAGCCGCCUUGGUUUUGUUUACUAGUUUGUUAUUUUGUAUUUGAUAUUGAAAGCAUUUCCUUUCUUUGUUUGAAGUUUUUUUGGAGAUUCUCUAAAUAGACUUUAAUCAUGGAUCUGGUUUUUAAUCCCGAAUUAGAAUCGUUUUUUCUCCCCA